GUAGUGAAAGUGAAGGAAAAAAGUAAACAAACAGCAAGGAUGAGCGACUACGAAUUUGCGACGUGUUCAAGGUGUUCGAAGUUGGAAACGAAGGAGUCGGCGGCGCUGAAAUGCAAUGCAUGCGGCUUGGCCUGUCACCUCACUUGCAUCAACAGCCCCACAGCGGUCUUCCUCGGCGAUGCGUUUUUCACCUUUACCUGCGGUUCUUGCUCGCAAAGCGAUCAGGACGAGCUCUUAAGAGAAAAUUAUAUGUGGCUCAACGUUGUUAUUUUGGUGAUGUACAACCUGCACCGCCAAUACACUUGCCACAGUCGGAGAGGAUUUUUCCACUACAAAAACCAUGUUACAAAAAUCAUAGACGAAAAAUGGAAAUAUCUGUUUCCGCAAAGAUUAAAGAAAAACCGAACACUGCAUGCAAUAGUUUCGAGCAAGUUGACCAGCAACCUACACAUUUUCGAAAGUGGAUCGGCGGCACUUGGUGAACAAGGCUGGUGGCGCCUCUUAGAACCUGAUCUCAGCCCUCUUUACCUUUCAAAUCUUAAAAAGCCAGUACUAACAAAGCAAACCGAGCCCACAAAGUCAACAACCCCUGUUCCUACAACAUCAAUUACUAUAGAUCCAACACCUUCGUUCUUGCCAAAAAUUUUACUAGAAGAGGAUGAGGUUGACAUCGAUAUGGAAAUUGAUCCAUCUGCCAUUCCACAAAAGAUUUUUGAUCCUGAACCUGCCUUGAACAUUUUAUCCCUCUUCAAUGAAACUUGCAAAUCUGAGAUUGAAAGCCAGCCAGUGACUCCCUUGGAACCACAAGAGAGCUCAGAUUCUGAUGAAGUUGAGUCUCGGCAAGAUGUUCUGCCUGAGACAAAAGCUUGUAGGCCCAUGACGCAGUACGAGGAGGUUCACCUGAUGCAUCGACUGGAGAGGGCAGGGCCGUUGCCGACCAGCGAGAGCCGCAGACUUUACAGGAAACUGGUUGUGAGAAAUUUGCAAAGGAAAAAUGGGCAGCCGCUUUUCAACCUUUCCUACUCUUUGAUUGGAUACACAUUUUCAGACCCAUCACUUACCAUGGAUCCAAAAUUUGACAGGAUUUUGGAUAGAUUUAGCGUUAGCAACGCUCGUCUAAAGAGUUUAGGUCAGAAAAAUCCUUCAUUCAUGUUGAGGCUCAUGGGUAAAAUUGAACCCACCACUUUUAUCAGUCCGUUCACUGAAAGAGCCUUGAAACCAUUCAUUAUGAAGGAAAAUUGCGCAAAAUUUCAAUGGAUUAAGAUGAUGAGGGAGUUGAUGGCAAAAGCCAAUAAAAAUAAUCCUUUGUGGAAACCAAGAGUUGAAGAGACCCUCGACUAUAGCUACGUCCGCCCACAGCACAUCCCAGCAAUCAACAGCCUUUGCCGAGACAAUUUUUGGCCAGGAAUAGAUGUUACGGAGACUCUGCAAUAUCCGGACUUUUCGUGUGUGGCUCUUUACAAAAAACUGGUUGUCGGAUUUGCUUUCUUGGUUCCUGACACUGGCAUGAACGAGUCAUACAUUUCCUUCCUGUUUGUGCGGCCUGAAUGGAGAAGAGGAGGCAUUGCCUCAUUCAUGCUUUACCAUCUUAUUCAAACGUGCAUGGGAAAAGACGUCACGCUUCACGUCUCAGCAACAAACCCAGCUUUGAUUUUGUACCAAAGGUUUGGAUUUAAGGUUGAAGAGUUUGUACAAGAUUUUUACGAAAAGUAUCUUCCUGCUGACUCAAGAGAAUGCACUCACGCUUUCUUUCUUCGACUGAGCAGAUGAGUUUUUUUGUAAAUACAUGCAGAAUGAAUGAGGUUAAUAUAAUUCAAUUUAACGUAAAAAUAAAUUUAAUGCUUUCGAAUAUGACGAAAAAUGGAAUCAUUGAUAUUGAAGCUUAAAUGUAAUAAAGCUGAAUUACGCAAGGAUGAUUUUUUAAUUUGACAAUUGAUUUCGUGAUUAUUACACGCAAUGGUUGAUGUCUCGGAUGUGAAUAAAGGAAUUUCUUAAUUAUAAUUUCAGCAAGUUAUCAUAAAUUUUAUAAUUUUUAUUUUGUCAUAAUGAUAUUAAUAAGUGCUGGUCAGAAUGCGACCCUAUUAAAUGAUUAAUAAAAUACAGAAAGCAUUAUCUGCAAUAUUGAAAAUAAAUUGAUUUGUGA